AUGAUACCUUAUUGGGUAAAAGAGCGAUUUGGAUUCAUAUUAUCCCUAAUAACUUCGAUUUAUUUUUCUACAGUUCGUUUUGUUUUCUGGUGUUUUUAUUCGUUUUUCCAUCAAAGGAAAUACGUCACAGAGCCUGCCGAUAGUCUACUAUUGAUAUCUGCAUCGCAGGCGGUUCGAAAAAUUGCCAACCGCGAAAUCACUUCUUCACGAUUGAUCGAGUCCUAUAUCCAUCGUAUUGAGCAGAUCAACUCCACAAUCAAUGCUGUCGUUGUUAAAAUGUUUGAUGAUGCUCGAAAACAGGCAGAAGAUGUUGACGAAUUUAUCGCCACAAGUUCAGAAGAUGAAAUAAUUGCGAGAAUUCAAAAGCAACCGCUUCUUGGCGUGCCGUUCACUAUGAAGGAUGCAUUGGAAGUGUCCGAUCAGAUUGUUACAUGUGGAAUUUUGAGCAGAAAGAACUAUAAAUGCGAUCGGACUGCGGACGCUGUUCAAAGAGUUCAAAAUGCUGGGGGAAUUCUUCUGGCAAUCACUAAUGUUCCGGAAGUUUGCAUGUGGGUUGAAACUACAAAUACCGUAUACGGACGGACAAAAAACCCAUAUGAUACUCGCCGCAUGACUGGAGGAUCGAGUGGAGGCGAAGGUGCCCUUCUUGGUGCUGCUGGUAGCGUCAUCGGAAUAGGUAGCGAUAUCGGAGGAAGUAUUCGGAUGCCAUCGUUCUUCAACGGAAUUUUUGGAUUCAAACCCACUCCAGGAAUUAUUUCCCUUGCUGGACAUGUUCCCGAACCCACUGGAUAUAAAACAGAAAUGCUUCGCAUUGGACCAAUGUGCAGAUAUUCAGAGGAUUUGCAGCUCAUGCUUAAGGUGAUGGCUGGAGACAAUGCAGAGAAGCUUAAUCUCUAUGAACCUGUGGUCCGAAAAAACCUCAGAAUUUUCUACAUGGAAGGAAUUCAGAACGCUCCGCUAAUUCAACCGCUCAGCUAUGAAAUGAGCCAUGCCUUAAAACGAACUGUUUCACUUCUAGAGCGCAAAUAUGACGUCAUCGCCACGAAAAUUGAUCUCCCUUUAGCCAGAUAUGUUAUGGAAUUCUUCACUCUAUCAAUGCACCAAGAUACUACUGAUCCUCCCUUCAAUAAACUUAUGCUAGCCAUGGAUGGUUCGAAAGGCGAAGUUAAUUGCUACGUGGAGUUGUUCAGACUGCUUUGUGGAAAUUCGAAUCAUACAUUGGCCGCUGUGAUCACUGGAAUUAUCGAUUCGCACGAUCCAUUCACCGAACAGCAGAAAACAGAACUCCUCUACAAACGUGAUCACUUGAAGCGUCAAGUUCGAGAUCUUCUUGGUGACAAUGGUGUUCUUCUUUUCCCAUCGUGGCCGUGCACCGCUAUGUACCAUAAUGAACCGAUAUUGGCGCCUCUAAACUUCUGCUACACUGCUCUUUGGAACGUAGUCUCGGUUCCGGUCAUUCAGUGUCCGGUUGGACUCGACUCUCGUGGACUUCCACUCGGUGUUCAGGUCAUCGGAAAUCAAUACACUGAUCGCAAUCUCAUAGAAGUGGCACAUGAUCUCGAAGAAGCUUUUGGUGGCUGGGUUCCAGCCGGACCUUUGUAA